AUCAAUACAACCUUGCGUACUUAUCGCUUUCAUACCUCGUCAUUGCACUGCUGUUCGUAGAGAAAGAAGAAGCAGCAGCAAAUAGAUUGCAGAUUAGAAUUGCUGAAAGAAAAUUUUUACUUAUCCAGAAUUUUUCUUCGCUAUGUUAACGAAAAUUUAACAAUAAAUUAUAAAUUUUGCAAUAAUGUGUAAUUACCAUUGAGUGGAGUUGAAAAUGUGUUAAAAAAUCAUAACAAAUAGCUGCUGAAGUUUGUGUAUGUGUAAAAAAGAACAGGAGGCGCGGCUGCUACUUCAGUAGUGCUCCAAUAACAGCGGCAAUAGUGGUGAUUGGAACGCAUAAAGGAACGCAAUGCAGGAAUGAUUUCGUUACCUAUCCGUUGUGAUCGUUCACCAUAACUGACUCAUUUGCUUAGUUCAUUAACGGUUUGUGAAAGGUCGGCUAACAGGUCGCUACAUACACGCAUACCUGCAUUCUAUUUGGCUAAUAACAAAGCGUCAUCGAUAAAUAACGUCACUAUAAUCGUAAUCUAUUAUUAAAAACACUAACAACGUGUUAAACCCACAUUUGAAGUGUAUAACUGCAAAACGUCAUUAUAAUUGCUUAACCUUGUGCGUGAAUGUGUGUGUGUAAAUAAAUUUUCAUAUUUAACAGCGCAUACGUCAUCAAUUGUUCAUACUACUCAUUGCUUAGCGGAAACGGCGGCAUAGCAAGCGCCAGAAAAAAGCAAAAGGAAUAUAGAAAUUGCGAAAAAUUAAGAAAAAAUUAAAAAAUGAAAUUAAAUAAAAUUAAAAAGUAAAUAGAAUAAUUAAAAAAAAAAAACUGAUAAACAACUCGACUCACGCCUGUGUGUGGUGGAAAUUUUAUCAUAGAUUUCUUUAUACAUACAUAUACAAUAUUAUUGUAAACAAACAAAUUUAUUACCACAUAUUUACAAAUAUUUAAACAAAUAUUUAUUCAAAUCGCUUUGGCCUGAAAACUAUGGCAGAUCUAAUACGUCUAGGGAAUGUGGAUGCUGUUAUACAGAAAGAUAAACUUGGCUCACCGACUGGCGGUUGUUUGGAUGACGGUAACUUAGCGGCAUUCGGUUUAAGUGCACUAAUGGCUACCGGCGGUAUUGAUAUGGGCGAUUUAGCUCAGGAAUUAGAUCAGGAUGAGUUUGAUGGACCAAAUAUGUUGAAUGGCGAACGUCCAGCGAUAAUUGCGCCACCAGAGAGUGAGUGGUACCACGGACGUUUGGAUCGUUAUUCGGCUGAAUCGCGGCUGCGUGGUAGCGGGAAAUUGGGCAGCUAUUUAGUACGCGAAAGUGAUCGCAAGCCCGGUUCGUAUGUCUUAAGCUAUUUGGGUCGUACUGGCAUUAAUCAUUUUCGCAUUACUGCUGUUUGCGGUGACUUCUAUAUUGGCGGUCGACAAUUCGUUUCGCUGAGUGAUCUCGUCGGCUAUUAUACAUCAUGUAGUGAUUUGUUGAAACGUGAACGGCUAGCCUUACCGGUGCCACCACCAGAGCCGGUUAAUGACAAGAAACGUGUUGUGGCACAUUUACCCUAUACCAAAAUGGCUGACACCGAUGAGUUGAGCUUUCAGAAGGGUGACAUAUUUUUUGUACAUAAUGAUAUGGGCGACGGUUGGUUGUGGGUGACCGCACAUCGUACCGGCGAACAGGGUAUGAUAUUUCGUGAACUAGUCGAGGAUUUGGAUCCGGUAAUUGAUCCGAAUACGGUCUUUCCAUGGUUCCAUCCGAAUUGUACGAAGAAUGAAGCUGUAGAUAUGUUGGUGAAGGCUGGUCCGGGCAGCUUUCUGGUGCGUCCCAGUGAUAAUUCGCCUGGCGAUUAUUCGCUGUUCUUCCACAUCAACAAUCAAAUUCAACGUUUUCGUAUUGAGAAGAAAGGCGUACGUUAUCUGAUGGGCGGACGCACUUUCGAAUGUUUGGAUGCUGUGAUCAAUCGUUAUCGCAAAGAGCAAAUUGUUGAAGGGCACUCACUAAGUCAUCCAGUGGUUAACGGUUCACAGCCCGAAUUCAAUCAACAGUUCGUGGUCGAAAAGGCUGCGGAGAAAAUUUAUGCCACAUUACGUGAAUGUCGCGAUCAAAUUGGUUUGAAGAAAAUCAAAGGUAUCAAACAUCACGGCCAUUUAUUCAAGAAAUCCGACAAGACCGCCAAAUGGAAGCAACUGUACUUUGCGCUUAUCAGCGAGGGCAGCGAAACGCAUCUCUGCUUCUAUGACAAUCCGAAAAAGACUAAACCGAAAGGUCUUAUCGAUUUGUCGUGUGCGUAUCUCUACCAGUGCCAUGAAUCGCUAUGGGAGCGGCCAUAUUGUUUUCAAAUAGUCGAACGGGCACUACCAUGCUUGGCCAAUAAUACCUACCUGUGCGCAACGCAGGAGACAUAUGUGGAGUGGAUAAAUGCGCUCAAAGCGCAAUGCAGUUCACAGUUUAGUCGCGCGCAAAUCAAAGUGCCGUGUCUGCGCGAGAUGCGUUGCUUGACGUUGCAUGUACUCGAGGCACAUAAGCUGCCAUUCAAGCUGGUGCCACAUCCCUAUUGUAGCAUCUCGCUGAAUCAGGUGAAAGUGGGCAAGACACGCGUGAAGAUUGCGCCGGAUCCGGUGUGGGAGGAGGAGUUCGUUUUGGAUGACGUCCCGCCAGAUGUCGUUUCGCUCACAAUAACGCUUAUAUCGCGCGGCAAGCGUGGCAAGGACUCAGAAGUGGCCGAACUUACCAUUGAGUUGAGUAGUCUGAAGAACGGUCAAGAGACAGAGGGUUGGCAUCAGCUCACCGGCAUGACGCCGAUGGGCGAGUGGGGUUCCUUGCGUUUGCGCAUGCGUUACUUGGACGAUUUGAUUAUGCCAUGCGGCGAAUAUAGUCCUUUACAAGAGCUACUACUCGAGCCGGAGUUGUGUGUGGUGAAGGCAUUAGCCGAACUCUGUCACAAUGAUCGCGUGCCGCUCGCCACAGCGCUACUGCGUGUAUUUCGUCAUGAAAAACGCGAAACGGAGCUGAUACGUGUGCUCUGCCAGGCGGAGAUUGCACGCGAAAACGAGACUACCACACUAUUCCGUGGCGCCUCGCUAGCCACCACACUAAUGGAUUUGCAUAUGCGCACGGAAUGUUCGGGCUUCUUAAAUGCCGCCGUCUCAGAGACGGUGCAACGCAUACUCGAUAGCAAGCAAUCGGCCGAACUCAAUCCCACCAAAAUGGAUGUGAACGAUGAUGCCUGCUCGAAUGCGGAAUUUCUGCUGCAAAUACUCGACUUAGUAACCCACUCAAUAUUCACUUCGCCCGAGGCGUGCCCACGCAGUGUACGCUACAUUUGUAAUUGUCUACAGAAGGCCGUGGUGGCCAAAUGGCCAACAGAACGUUUGGUGCGCACGCGUGUAGUUUCGGGUUUCAUAUUUUUACGUCUGUUAUGUCCGUCGUUGCUUAACCCGCGUCAAUUCGGUUUGGUUAGCGAGACACCGCCGACUAUGGCGACACGCUCAUUGAUAAUGGUGGCCAAAUGCUUGCAAAAUCUCGCUAAUCUUAUUGAGUUUGGCGGCAAGGAACAAUACAUGGAGGUGGUAAAUCCGUUUAUAUUGAAGAAUAAGGAACGCAUGAUUGUUUUUCUCGAUCAAUUAUCACUCGUCACGGAUCCAAAUCCGCCGCCAGGCAUGUUUAGCGAACAGAAUUCCAAUCAUACGGUGCAGGAUACAGGUCGCGAACUGGCCACACUGCAUCACAUUUGCGUCUCUUACUUGUCGGAAUUGCAGGGUCUCUCGAAUAUCCUUUCCAUUAAGAAACUGGUCACAGUCACCGAUAUGUUGACGAAGCAUAAAUUGAAAUAUCGUGAAAAAAUUAGCUAAGAUGAUGAGUGUCUUUACGAUGUCACCUGGAGUGAAACAGCCAAAUAGUAGCAACACAACAACAACAACAGCUACAACAACAUCAACAGUCACACUUAACGAAAAGUCGCAGCAUUUGAAGGGAGUUGAGUUUAGCCAGUUAAAGAAAGAAAGAAACACCAAAACAAAAUAAGAAUACAACAAAAGCAAAUAUUUAUGCAAAAAAAACAACUGUAAUUGAGGAAAUGAGUAUUGUAUGAAAUGCAUGGAGAAAUAAUAAAAUUCCCUUAUAAAGAAAAGGAAGUAAGCAUUACAAAAAAUAUAAAUAAAAAAGAUGACCAGCAACAAAAAUUGUUGCUUGAGGAAAAUGAAAACGAGUAAAUAAAUCAGAGAAGAUUUGGAAACAAACAUUUUUUAGCAGUUAAAACCAAGCAGUUUGUGAAGUAGUCAAGAGUUUUUGUGGCAUUUUAUUAUAAGCGCAUUUUCUUGCGGUUUUGUAAGCUGCGCCGUGUACACAUACAUACACAUGUGCUAAGCUGUAUUAAUUUUUAUUUUUUGAAACUGUAAUAUGUGUAAUAAUGUGUUAUUAUUAAUAUGUAUAUUCUAAUUGAAUUAUGCAACUGUAGUCAGUAUAUCCACAUAGAUUGAUUGCGAAUUCAUUUUAUUUUUUGUUUGUUUACUUUUUGUAAAAUAUAUUUUUUUAUUGCUACUGGAAAAAAUCUAUUGCUUUAAACUGUAAUUUUGCCACAAAGAAUUGGUUGUAUUCCUAUCCUAUCCCUCCCCCACGACUACUAUAUGCUUUUAUUUAAAUUCCAUAAAUGUUGCGUUAUACACGCACACACACACACACAUAUAUAUAUAUAGCCUUUGUUGGCAUUUAGCUUUGCGCUCUCUAAUUUUGCAUUUCUAUUUCCAAGAAAUCGGCGAACAAAAAUGUUUUCCCUUUAAUUUAGUUUAUAAGGCUGUAAGUGUACGUACAUACGUACAUAUAUAUGUACAUCAUUUGAAGGUUUUACU